CUAUUAACUAUUUUGUAACGACACAUAACCGUACUUCGAACAACAGAAAACGAUUUAAUGAAAUCUGUUGUCAGAGAAGCAACAAAAACACACAGAAUGGAAAUAUGGUAUAAAUAUAUGAAUAUUUGUGAUUGAACUCCACAUGGACCCCAAAAUAACUAUUUUGCGUAUAAAAGUUAGGCACUAUGGAUCGAAUUGUUGCCCAACGAUGCGUAAGCCUAUUUAGCCUUAUCUAUACAUUUAUCGUUUAACAUUUAAUAUUCGAUGAUGUCGAGAAUUUUUUUAUUAACUAAACGACUCUGAAAGAUAAUGAAAACACGUCAAAUUAGCUUUUCUAACGUUAGAAACUGAAGCAGGUAAAAAUUCUGUGGGCCCGAGUAGACCCAAUCGUCGAUGGCUUUGAGAUUACUAGAAUUAUCCUUAUUCCGAGAAUUAAAUAAUAUACAACUUGAUGUACCGCGUAAAAUGAAAAUGAUUAAAAUUACAAGUAGUUAAGCAAAUAGUAAUAAUUACAAUUUACGCAGUGUGUAGGGUUAAAAACGAAAGAUUCACUAGUACGUAUGAUAGAUUUAAUUGAUUAAACGUGGUCUAGGAAAUCAAGCCAGAUUUUGUUGUUUAAACAUUUUUUGAGAAAUGCAUAACUUAUUUAUGAAUAUAAACCAUUUGAUACAUUAAUAUUCUUUAGACUUGAUUUUUAUGCGAAACAUAUUCUAAGAAAUCCAAGCAUACGAUUUCAGUAUGGCAGAUAUCACAAUGAGGUUUGAUUCUCAAUCACUAUAAUUUAACUGAAACGAAUGCAUUAUUGUAAUUUUUCAUAUCGAAUCGAAUGAUUAUGGUUAACUUGAAAUUUUGUUACUGCGAAAAUAUAACUUAUUCGACAGUAUUUUUUAAAUAUUAUCUUUAAAUAUAUUUCUAUGUGUACAUGUACAUUGACCAAUUGUAAACGAUUGGUUAACGCUUUUUGUCAUAGAAGAAUCGUAUCAAAUCGUUAACGAAGGUGAGUAAUUAGUAUACAGCAACUGUUUGUGUGAAAUUACAUCUUUAUACAUAAAUUUAGAAGAAUUAUUUAGUACUUUUACAAUGGAUGGACUCUUGUUAAACAGUAUUAUUCAAAUAUACAACAGUGUGUAUAUUUGUACACAUAUAUAGUGAACUUGAAUGUAUGCAUUCCAUGCAGACUUGUUUAUAUGUAUUUAAUAUACAAAAUGAUAGAUGUACUAUGAAUACUUUUAUUUAGUCAAACAUAUAAUGGCUGUUUCACGUAGUACAGAUUUCUUAAAAGGAUUUUGGUUCGAUAUAUUAUUACGGAUUGUUUUAGCAGGAUUAUUCAUAGAAUUAGAAAAAGCAGAACCAUUUACAAGAAAAAUUCAUGAAGAGGAAUUAUGGCUAUAUAAAAAUCCAAGAACAGAUUCUUAUGUUCCAACUACAGUAUUAUGGCCUUUAGUAUUCCUCAUGCCAGCCAUAGUGAUCUUUUUUACUUUCAUAGUUUACAAGGACAAAACUGAUUUCUAUCAGGCAAUAUUAUCAGUGACUUUAGCAUUAGGAUUCAACGGUGUUAUCACGGAUAUUAUAAAACUUGUAGUUGGUCGUCCUAGACCAGAUUUCUUUUGGAGAUGCUUCCCUGAUGGAAAAGCAAAUUCUGAUUUCAAAUGUAAUGGAAACCUAGUUGUCGUAAGAGAUGGGAAAAAGUCAUUUCCAAGUGGACAUUCUUCAUUUGCAUUUGUAAGCUUUGGUUUCGUUGCUCUAUACAUAGCUGGAAAGCUACAUACGUUUAGUCUAGUUGGCAAGGGACAGUCGUGGAAGUUGUGUGCAUUUAUUUUACCAAUUUGUAUUGCACUUGGAAUCGCAUUAAGUAGAGUUUGCGAUUACCACCAUCAUUGGCAAGAUGUGGUUGCAGGUUCCAUAAUAGGAUACUUUCUAACAUACAUAUGUUAUAGACACUAUUAUCCACCCCUAGAUUCACAAGUGUGCCAUAAGCCAUACGCUGACCUUACCCUGCAAACAGAAACUGCAAAGAUCAGAAACGAUCAGAUCAAGUGGAUCUAAUGUAUUAACAAUUUAAAAAGCUAACGGUAUUAAUAGAAUUUAUUAAUUUAAUGUCUCCAACGAUCCUGUAUUUCUAAUUUACACCUGUGUUAUGUAUAUUUAUGAACAUACCAAAUAAUAAUACCUAAAUUUCCAACGGA